AUGGGACAGCAGUGGUUUCUGAGCAGGGCAGCCUGGCUGCAGGGCCGCUGGUUGGAGAUCAGUGAGCAGGAGCGCAGGGCUCAGAUCAAGAACCAAAAGCUGCUGCAGGACUUUCAGAGAGCACAAGACACGCUCAAUGACAUGGUGGCCCGCACCGAAGCCAUGAACACUAUACGAGUUCAGUAUGAACAGUAUCUUGAAGAGAGCUUCCCACGAUGGCAGCAAAGACUCAAAGACAUAAGAGUUUCUGAAAAGUCAAAGCACUUAAAGAGCUAUAUUCAGAAGAUGGAAGAGGAAGAAGGUAUCAAGUCUGAACACAGCUCUGACUUUAGAGCCCACCUUCUGUCCUCCAAUUUUCCAGAUGCAUCUCAGCCUUCUCACACCAUGCUAAACACUCAUCAGAGAGUGAAAGUCACAUUCUCCAGUCCAGCAAAAGCCACCAUCAAUGGACCAUCUGUGGGCUGGUAUAAGGCAAGGGUUUAUGCCUACUGCUCACUUCACUCCUCCUGCUGCUUCCUGGCCACGACUCCCUGUGCUGAACCCCAUGAUCAAAACCAAAACACAGGAGGAAAGGGAAAGAGAGUGAUCGGUCUUCUGAGCUCGACUGUAGACCAGUGCGUCUAUCAAUCAACCAUGAAGAAAGUAGUGAAGGUAGCGCUGUGUCCUCUAAAGUCACAGUUUCUGGGAUGCAAAAACGGAGAAAGAAAAAAACAGAUGGGACAAAAUCAAACUCUACAGAAAAUAGGAACGAAUCUCACGGCUCUUCCACUGUCACAAGAUGCUUCAGAUAGUAACUCGGGCACAAAAAUUAACAAAAAACAUCAAAAGCAGUUUAAUAAGUGUAACAGCAAAGAAUCCGUUAUCACAGAGAAGACUGUUGAUGCAGUGAUGCAAGAUGAAGACGAACAAGAAGAAAGCAAGAGCCAAGACAUUUCUCAGAGUAGUGUCAGCUCUGAAAAGAAAGAUGGAUCUGAAGGACUCAACAUUAGACAGGAAGAAGAUUCUAAUGAAGGAGAUGAUGACAGUCAUGACAUCAUUGCGGCAGAGGACAAAAUAAGUCACAGAGAAGAUAAAGAUGAAGAAGAGGAUGAGGAAAGCACAGAUGGAGAUGAGGAAGCAGGAUUUGAUGAUGAAGCACAGGGAGGUGAUGAAGAAGUGAUGGGAAAGAGAGAUGGGACUGAAUCCAGUGAUAGAGAAGAGCCAGAAAGGGAAGGAGAUGUUCCAGAUGACAUUCCAGAUAUGGGAGAAACAACGGAGGAAGAGGAGAGAGACAAGAGUUUUCAAAAUACAAAGGAGGCUAGAAAGACUCAAGAAACUGUAGAAGAUGAGAGAGAAAUUCACAAAAGCCUUGAGGAGUCUGAAGGGGAAGAGGGUUACAAUCAAGAAACAGAAGAUGAUGAAGAGGAAGAUGAUGAGGUUGUGGUUGAGAAAGCAUGCGCCUGGUCAAGAGACCCUUUUGAUGAUCAUACAAAAUGCCCUGAGGAUGAUGAGGAUGAUAUUGAAGGUCUUCUCAACCCUGUCAACUCCCAAACACAGCAGGAGGAUGAUAUGAAGGAGACAGACCAAUCAAAUGAUCAACCCUCUGAUUCAGAGAAGGACAAUCUACCACAGAAGAGUCAUCCUGCAGCCACAAAUGAGAUAGUGGAGUCUGAUGAUGGGUUUGACCACUUCUAUGAUUAAACCAGAAACUAGAACAUAAAGAUGGGAAACAGAAAAAGAACAGAACAGAAAGAGAAAACCAACAAUGGAUGAAUACGCUGGACAGAAGCUGAGCAAGUCACCUGGCAGCAGAUCCCUUCCUCCUGCCCCAACCCCCCUCACAGUCUGGAUCCACAGCUGGCCUACUGAUGACCUGCAGACAGCAUCUUCACACCCUACAAAUCCACAUUCACACCCUUGUAAUGCUAAGAACUGAAUACACACAUAGCCAGACUCUUCAGAUAUUUAGAAAGCCACGGCACAGUCAUCCAUCAUAUCAACAUACAGCAGAAUCUGUCGACGGGCCGACUUCUAAAGAAGACAAUAAUCUGCGCAGGAACAGAUCACAGCCCCGAAAGCUCAUGAACUCCUCACGUCUCGCCCUCUGUCUGAAUCUCGGACACACACUGAGGGGUCUGUGGCUUCUGCACAGAUCGC